UCCUCAAGCGUCAAAAGUAGCUAGCUUGGUCCAGCCAUUCUGUUGCUGUCUUUUCAACGUGAACAACGGCGUUUCCUCCUUAUAAUCGGAGCUUGUUCAAAGUAAGAUACAUCUAUCACUAUGGCUGCCUACAAGCUGGUGUUGAUCCGCCACGGAGAGAGCAACUGGAACCAGGAGAAUCGAUUUUGUGGCUGGUUCGACGCCGAUCUGAGCGAGACUGGAGAACGGGAGGCGAGGAGAGGAGGACAGGCCCUGAAAGAUGCUGGCUAUGAGUUUGACGUGUGCUACACCUCAGUCCUGAAGAGGGCCAUCCGCACUCUGUGGCUGUGUCUGGACAGCAUUGACCAGAUGUGGCUUCCCGUCCACCGGACCUGGCGCCUCAACGAACGCCACUACGGUGGCCUGACGGGGUUAAACAAGUCCGAGACUGCUGCCAAGCAUGGAGAGGCUCAGGUGAAGAUCUGGAGGCGGAGCUUUGAUAUACCUCCUCCCACCAUGGACCCGGACCAUGACUUCUACACCAUCAUCAGCAAGGACCGUCGUUAUGGCGAACUGUCGGAGGAGCAGCUUCCAUCCUGUGAGAGCCUGAAGGACACCAUCGCCCGGGCACUGCCCUACUGGAACGACGAGAUUGUGCCCCAGAUCAAACAGGGCAAGAGGGUUCUCAUCGCUGCCCAUGGCAACAGCCUCAGGGGCAUUGUCAAGCAUCUCGAGGGUAUGUCUGAGGAAGCCAUCAUGGAGCUGAACCUGCCCACAGGCAUCCCCAUCCUGUACGAGCUGGACAAGAACCUGAAACCCGUCAAGCCCAUGCAGUUCCUGGGGGACGAGGAGACCGUCAGGAAGGCUAUGGAGGCAGUGGCAGCCCAGGGCAAAGUCAAGAAGUAGACAGCGAGAGGGGGCACUGUGCAUCAUGGUGUAGGAAGUUGCACUUAUUUACAGAUCUAGGAUCAGAUUUUAUAUUUGCCUCCCAUCAAUUCCUAACCUUCCCGAGCAUGUAAAACUGACCUUAGAUCAGUGUCUCUGGGAAGCUUCAUUCUACUCCAUGUGGUACAGAGUAGGGGUAAAGGGAUAUGGGUUGUAGGAGGGGGGUCAGUAAUACUACAGCUCUCAAAGGAGCUCACACACACACUGUACUUGCAGUCCAAGAAACAUAAGCACUAAGAAUGUGUGAUCGUAUUCAACUCUACUGUGCAUAGAAAGUCUAACAAGUGGAUUAUAAAGUAACUAAUAAGUUAGUAUAGAUUAAUAUUGACCAAGCCACUUCUAUGGGGACCACUGACUACUCUAUCAAAUCACAGUCAUCAUUUCACUGGCUUAUUAUUGUGUCUCUGUAAAACAAAUAAAACGUAUGUUUCCCCUGUUUAA